AUGACGAAUGUCCGCCGCCGUCCGGUCAACCAGGCCCAUCAGGGUGAUAAUAUCAACAACAACAAUGGACAGUCAAACCCUCAGCAGGAUGCUGAAGAAUCCCAAUCUACAUCAUCCACUCCCGCCGAUGUCGACACAGACGAGAAGCGAACGUUAAGCCCCCUGGUCAAGCUCAAAAGAAACUUAUCGAAGCCCCGCGGCAAGCGUUGGCACAGCGUUGUGUUUAUGCUAGGUGGGCUGUUUGGGAUAUUUGUCGCCGUGUUUUUUGCAAAUCAUAAUGAGGUCAUCAGUCUGGAUGCACUGAUGGAUCUAAAUCUGGAUUCGUUGAUUGAUGUUAUGCCUCAGGGGAUUCUACGGGAUGCCAGAGAGUUUACACAACACGAACGCGAUACCGUCAACUACGACUCCUUCUCCGUCGGACUGUAUUUGAAAUCCCAAGGCGUUCACGCCAAACACCCCGUGGUCAUGAUCCCCGGUGUCAUUUCGACCGGACUGGAAAGCUGGGGCACCGAUACCGACUCACGCCAGUAUUUCCGCAAGCGACUCUGGGGAAGCUGGAGCAUGAUGCGAGCGUUGGUCAUGGACAAAGCUUCGUGGAAGAACCACAUCAUGCUCGACAAGGAGACCGGGCUGGACCCCCCGAACAUCAAGCUCCGCGCAGCACAGGGCUUCGACGCGACGGAUUUCUUUAUUACGGGCUACUGGAUAUGGAACAAGAUUUUGGAAAACAUGGCCACUAUUGGAUACGACCCGACCAACGCGUUUUCCGCAGCGUACGACUGGCGGCUCUCGUAUAUCAACCUGGAGACGCGAGACCAGUACUUUAGCCGGAUCAAGUCGUACAUUGAGACGACAGUCAGCGUGGGCGGGGUGAAGAUCGCACUGGUCUCGCACAGCAUGGGCUCACAAGUGGUGAUGCAUUUUUUCAAAUGGGUGGAAAGCGAGAACCACGGCAAGGGGGGCAAGGACUGGGUUAACCGCCAUAUCGAUUCCUGGGUCAAUAUCAGCGGCUGCAUGCUCGGCGCCGUCAAGGGCCUGACCGCAGUGCUCUCGGGCGAGAUGCGCGACACGGCACAGCUGAAUGCCUUUGCCGUGUAUGGGCUCGAGAGAUUCUUGUCCAAGGACGAACGCGCCGACAUCUUCCGCGCCAUGCCGGGCAUUUCGAGUAUGCUGCCCAAGGGCGGCGAUGCGGUCUGGGGAAAUGCAACCUGGGCACCGGACGACCAACCGGACAAGAAAAAUUUCACAUAUGGCAGCUUUCUCAACUUCCGCGAGGUCAAUUCGUCCUGGACGAGCCAGAACCUGACCAUGGAGGGAAGUCUCGCGUACCUCUUCAACCAGUCCGAAGACUGGUACCGCCACCAAGUCGAAACCAGCUAUUCGCAAGGGGUAGCACACACACGCGCCGAAGUGGAAGCCAACGAAAACGAUCCACGCAAAUGGCUCAACCCUCUCGAAUCACGCUUACCUUUAGCCCCCGAUCUGAAAAUCUACUGUUUCUACGGCGUCGGCAAACCCACUGAGCGCGCGUAUUUCUAUCAAGAAGAACACGACCCGCUCACCCGCCUCAACGUCUCCAUCGACACCACCGUCACCGAACAACCCGAUGGCGCAGACCACGGCGUCGUCAUGGGCGAAGGUGACGGUACCGUAAACCUGCUAAGCACGGGCUACAUGUGUUCGCGCGGCUGGAAGGAUAUCAAACGCUACAACCCAGCCGGUAUCAAAAUCACAGUCCAUGAAAUGCCGCACGAGCCCGACAGUUUUUCGGCGCGCGGAGGUCCUAAUACCGCAGAUCAUGUGGAUAUCCUUGGACGAGCCUCGUUGAAUGAUUUGCUAUUGCGUGUGGCUGGUGGGAAAGGUCAUGAGAUUGAGGAGAAUUACGUGUCCAAUAUUAGAGAGUAUGCGCGGAAAGUCAAGAUCACAGAUGAUGAAUAG